AUUGAUAUCCAAUAGACGCUAAGAUAGAAGCGGCCGCGGCCGUUAGUGGCCGCCGUUCAUGAACCUUAUUUGUUCUUCAAAUAGGGGUGCCCACCCACCUAACCGAGCCGUUAGUGCGACUUCGCUUCUGCUCGCUGACUCACACGCACUCUCCAUGUUGAUCUGUAUCUACUGACUGGAACCUCUUUCGGUUGAGCCGAACGGACAGGUCAAUGGCAAAUAUGGCGUCGCAACAUGAGGUCGUAAUUGCUCCGGCAAAACUCGGCGAUGUCCUAGGUAUAGAGGCUAUCGUGAAGGAGGCGUACUCCAAAUACAUUGAGCGCAUCGGCCAUCCGCCAGCACCCAUGCUGGCAGACUACGCCGGACUUCUGGAGUCGCAAGACGUGUACGUUAUCCGUUCGGCCGGUGGCGAAGCGCUUCUUGGCUCCGUCAUCUUGGCCGUGGCCGAUGAUGGACAAUCGAUCAAGAUCAACAACCUGGUUGUCGAUCCGUCCGCGCAGGGCCGCGGCCUCGGGCGCGUGCUCAUGGAUCAUGCUGAGCAUGUCGCACGGUCAGAGGGUCUCGGGGCGUUGACACUUUUCACGAAUGUCAAGAUGUACGAGAACAUCGGGUUUUACACCAAGCUGGGGUUCGUCGAGACAGAUCGCAGAGCAGAGGGCCCCUACGAGCGGGUAUACUUCCGGAAAGGUUUGGAUUAAGAAAUUUCCAACUCUGAAUAUGUGGAUAGAAACUAUAUACAAGAGAACAGAACCGGCCCUAACGGACCC